AUGGCGGCGCCGUACGAGAUUCGUGCCAACGACACGGGCAAGACUAGGAAGCAGUCCAUGGCGGAGCUGAAGCUAAGACGGCUCACCGAAUUAAACCAAAGACUGCAGGAGGACUUGAACCGGCGGAGAAUACCGGUGUCGGAGGCUGCGAUGGAUCUCAUUGCAUUCACAGACCGUGAGCCCAAGGAUUUCAUGGUGCCGAGUCGCUGGGGCGCGAUUGACCGACGUGAGGAUCCAUACGCACCCCAGCAAAGCAAUGGCUGCUGUAUCGUCAUGUAA